UCGCUCUCAGUGUUACGACGGUGUUGGGUUCUGUAACGGCGCCGCUGUGUUGGUUACUGGACGCAAAAAUCCCUUCCUGGCAUCGGAAUAUUAUCAACAUCAUCCAUCCAUCCGUUCUCCAGAGACGACGGAUACAACAAGUGCGCGAGGUGCGAGUGGGCAAACAGGCAGCCACAUCAAACAUAUGUUACACUGGUGGUUCGUGAAAAUUGGAGUAAUUCGAGGUGAUAAGUAAAGAUCUUUGGAUUAACUAGACCGGGCGCUUUGCAACCAUAAAGGAUAACGGAGAGUACAAAUGUGAAGAUUAGUAUUUUGAGAAUUUUUUCUUGAACAUUGUGAAGGAUUUUUAGUGAAAAUAAACGUAAAUAUUGUUAGUUAUUGUGCGCCCAAAAUGUGUUCCACAAAGAAGAUGGAUUUGUCCCUGGAAAUAACGCAAGCCGUAGUAGGCUUGGUUGGCCUUUAAGGUGAAGAAAUAGAAGAAAAAAGUGCGUAUUUUGAGAUCAAUUCAACUGAAAAUCUACGAUCAUCAUAGCGAGAUAAGUCAACGCGGAAAUGUCUCGUAUGGAGGCCUAACAGAUCUGAAACAGUUAUAUACGAAUUCUUGUUUUCUGUGUCACUACUUCUUCCGUGCGUUCGUGUGUUCUGGUACGAACUGAGCAAUCUUCAUCUCAAUCAUCUUUUUCCACCAAUAGCAGCAGGCUGUGGGAUGAAAGCUUGCUCGUAACAGUGAAGUGAAACUAAGUGAAAGAAGGAAAGACGAAGCAAUCCCGUAGAGCGGAACACGAAGGCAGAAUAUAUUGAAGAGCGAGUAAAAAUAGGACAUUUUGUCUGACUAGCAAACAUUGUGAGUGUGUGUGCGCGCGCGAAGAAAUUGGGCUUGCUUGAAAAAAAAACGGUAGAAACUUUUUCCACACCCCUAUUUGAAGGUUUUGAAAAAGAGUUCUGCUCCACAACCCUCCACUCCAUAGGCUGCAGAAAUGUCCCAGGCAAUCAACGCAAGCAACAAUACUAUGGUCAAUAGUAUUGGGAACAGUAUCGGCGGAGGAAUCGGAAAUAGUAUCGCAAAUAAUUUAGCUGUUAAUACCAACGGUUCUGGAAUGAUUGUCACUAGUAACGCUACUUCGAACAACAUGGGAGCCUCGACGCCAGCGACACCAACGAACAACUGCCAAUCGAUCAGAUAUUGCUGGGAAGCCGACAAAGUGAAAACCCUCAUACGACUAAGAGCAGAACUAUCGCCACUUUUCACCGGCAAGCGAAAUGCAUCGAAAUAUGCGUGGGCCGUUGUUGAACGAGAACUCAGUGUGCCUUUACCUAUUUCGAAAAUCAUCAAGAAAUGGAACAAUCUGUUACAGGAAUACAAGGCCAUUAAAAUGUCGGAGGAGCCGAAGCGUCGCGAGUGGCCAUUCUUCAACCUGAUGGACGUGUACUUCAGCGAUCAGGUUAACGAUCCCACGCUACGUCUGUUCUCGUCGACCAAGCGGUUCGAUUCGGACACCCUGGAUGAUGCUCAGUUCGACGAUGAGAUUAUGAACUCGACCGCGGCGGUGGCGAUUGCUGCUGCCGCAGCUGCUUCGGCGGCCGCUGCCAAUGCACACAGUCAACACAAGAUCAAAAACGAGCUGAUUCACGGCCACAGCGGUGGCAGUAUGCUGGACAUUUCGGAUAUCAUCGAAGACCAUCUGGGCAGCGGAGAUUCCAAAUUGGACCAGUUCAAGCGGGAAAUUGUCCUGAGCCAGUUUAGUAACGUGUCGGAUCGGAGUAACAGCAACAGCCGGAAGGAGAAGAACAACAAUAAUAAUAAUAACAACAACAACAACAACAACAACAACAACAGCAACAACAAUAACAAUAGCAGCAAUAACAACAACUCAAACGCUAACAGCAACGGAAAUACCAACCACAACAGCAACAGUGUGAACAGUUUCCGAGAAAAGGAAAAACAGCUGAUCGAAAGCCUGAAUCACAGCCCCGGGACGGGUCAUAUAGGUGGGGUCGGGAGCAACAACAACAAUAAUGGCAACGCGGACAGCAGUAGUCUAAAUAGCAGCCCAACGAGUCAUGUGAGCAGCACCAAUGGGCUGAAGAAUACGAACGGUCCCACGACGAAUGCAAGUUUUAAUGCGUUGCUGGCGGCCGCCAGCAGCACCCACAACGGAACCGCGCUACAGAGCAACAGCAGCGCGAUCAGCAGCACCGAUCGGGACACCGAUUACGACGAUUAUCCCAACGAGCGGGACAGCAUGUACGACGGGGGAAGUACAAAUUUGAAGAACCUGAACCAGAAACUGCUGAACCAGAUGAACGAGCAUCACAAUAUCGAUCAGUACUUACUAUCCUGGCGAGGUUUCCACGGGAAUAUGUGCAAAGGUUUCCACAGCUUACAACGGGACGGCCAAAUGGUCGACGUAACGAUUGCCGCCGGAGGAAAAAUCUUCAAAGCCCACAAGCUGGUAUUGUCGGUGUGCAGUCCGUACUUCCAGAAGAUCUUCCUCGAGCAUCCGUCCCAGCAUCCAAUUUUGUUCAUGACCGACGUGAACGCCCACCACAUGGCAGGACUACUGGACUUCAUGUACAGCGGACAGGUGAAUGUGAAAUAUGAGGACCUGCCCAACUUUCUUAAGGUAGCGGAAGCUUUGCAGGUGAAAGGCCUACAUGGAGAGAGUACCAACGAUGCAGAGGAACGCGAUUAUCAGCAGCAACAGCAGCAGCAUGCACUGCGUCUCCAGGAGCAACAGCGUCUUUACCAGCAACAACAGAAUUUUGCGCAGCAGCAUCAGCAAAAUUUAGCCCAUCAACGGCAACAACUAAUCCAGGCAGCCCAGCAACAAGCCCAGGCAGUCGCUCAUGCCCAACAACAGCAGGCCCAGCAAGCGGCAGCAGCUGCUGCUGCUGCCCAACAGCAACAACUAGCCUCGCGGAAUAGCUUCAAAGAGUUGAUGAAGGCGAAACACGCCGCCGCAGCCGUAUUGAACGAGGACUAUUUGAACAACAAUGCUGGAAACAAUAACAAUAACAACAACAACAACACGGCCAACGCAAACCUCAACAACAAUCUCUCCUCCAUCAACAACAACAAUCUCCCGCAGUUCGGCGUCCAUCAAGUCAACCCGUCGAAGAAAAUGCUCGACAACCAAAAGUAUCAGAAAUACUACUCGAAACGGAAGCUGGUCCAACAGUACGAGCAGGAAAUGCGAGCGGAAAAGCGAAAACUCGGCAUCGAAGACGUAAUUCAGGCAGCGGCCGCAGCAAAGGCACUAAAUCUCCGGCUUAACAAUGGCGGCAUAUCGAGCCCGGGAGGUCCGGGAACACCAACGCCGAACCCGCCGGAGACGCCGACCAACGGCAACUCGAGCGGAACCGACGAAGAACAACCCCAGCUGAUACAGAACAUCAAAUCCGAACCGAACUACGAGGAGGACGAAGGCAUGGAAAUCGACCACGACCAUUCAACGGUGCAUCAUAACAACAACAACAACAACUCUAGCCUCAACAACAACAACAAAUCGCACGAUGAAGACUAUUACAAUCAGCGCGAAUCGGUCAUCGGUAAAUCGAUCAAACAUUCCAUUCUAGAGCCAAACAUAGUAUUAAAGCAGAGCGAUGAGUGUCUCAACACUAAUAGCCAAACGGGUAGUCUCAAUUUGUGCAAGAAUGUUAGUUAGAAAUGUAGGCUUCGGAAUUGGUGGCGCGCGAGGGAAUGAGUGACAGAAAUUCGCUGCAAAUGGAAUGAGUGUGUGUGUGUGUGUGUUAUAUUAUUUAUAUUUAUUUGUUUUCUGGUGAUUUUGUUUUAGUUUUUUUUCUCGUUGAGUUGGUAAGCCAAUAGUGAACAAUGUACAUAAAACUUUGAUUCUAUUUUCUGAUGUUUUUCUUUUGUUUUUGUUAAGAUUAGUUCCCGUUUAGCACAUAGACAUUCAGUUUGGUCGCUUAAGCACAAACGCGAUCCGUUCUCUUUCGUUUCAUUAGUAGCAGAGAUGCGUUGCGCAGUAUAUUUUGUGAAUAUAUUUUUCUCUUUACUGAAAGUAUUGACAAUAAUUAUUUAUUCAGUUUGUAUCUUCAUUUACGUGCUAUCAUAAUUAUUUGUUCAUCCGUUCUUCUAAUUGUUGAUUAUUUUUGUAAGUAUUUUGUUAGAAACAAAUGAAAUGAUCAAUUGGACAUGACCUCAGAUUUGGUCCAAAUAGGUUAGUACGAAUGGAUGUGCGAAUGUGAAUGAAUGUUGGUUUGUUUUAUCUCACCUGAUUAUUUGUGAUCAAUGUCCUUUAUAAAAAAACAAAACAUACACAGUUUGCCGUUGUAUCUUAGCAAAAGGAUGUCACACUGUGGUAACUGAGUAAAAUAUUAAUACAAACUAUUUGAUAGACAAGGGUAAAUCGAAUAUGCUAAAGCUCAGGACGAUAUUGAUAUAGUUCUUUUUGAUUUGUGUAAUCAUUUAUUAGCGAAAUUUUCAUAAGCAUCAGUUUAACUGCAUGAACGUCUAUUUAUUGUUGGUUAUUGAAAAGUUAUAUUUAGUUUUAUAGUUUGAAUGAGAUGAUGUAUUUUCACACGUUUUUACAGCAUUGAGUUGCCUCCAGGUUUCCACGUCUAAUGAUUUUCAGGCCCGGGAUAGAAUCGAUUCUGCUAGUUUAAAAUCCUGCCAGUAUGCGAAUAGACGUAAACGAAGACGAAAAGGACAACAAACUGAAUAUUAACUGCCGACUACCGUAAACAGUGGCAUCUAUUGUGCAAUUAAUCUACUAAUCGUUGUUGUGUGUGAGAGAGAGAGAGAAGAAGAAAAAAGAACAUAACCUUAGCAUAGUAAAAAUGAAGUGCGGUAUCCGGUUGACAAAAUGUAUAUUAAAUGUGGCGGAAACGAAAAAAAAAGUCCUCCCUUUCUCUCGUCUGAUUUCUCACUGAGAGUGUUUUGUUUGAUUUUACACCAUUUUUGUUUUGUUUUGUUUCAUGCAUAAUUAGGAUUAAAAUUCACAUCUACUAUAACAAAUCUAUCUUUUUCGGGUAUAUUUAUUGACUUUUUCCGCCUCCUCGUCGUCUCGUUGGUGUCAAAUUGGUCUCCCUCUCCUGUGAACUCUGCUCAUUUCGUUAGUAUAAUUAAUAAAUUAGUGAUAGUUUUCUUUUCAUUACAAACAUUAGUAAAGAAAACGGAACAGAAGAUUUAUAUACAUAGUAAAUUAAUGUAAUUUAAAUGUUGCUUAGCCUAAACGAGAUACAGAUAAAAUAUAAAAUGCAUACAAAUAAAACAAAAACAUAUACUUAUAUGAGUGUUAGAUUUUUAUAGAAAUAUUGAUAUUUACAGAACAAAAUGCCGACGUGGAAAACAAUAAAACAUAUUUGCUUAACGGCAGCGUAUAGAAUUGACUCAAAAAAGAUACAUACCUUACCUGAAACUAAUAAGACGAAGAAAGGACAACUAAAAUAUACUAAGUAUACACUGUAAGCGCAUAUAAGGCAUGAACUACAAUAAUUUUAGAAAAGAAAAAAACGAACGUUGUACUAAAAUUGAUGAUUACGCCGCAGCUGAAAUGGCAUCCAUAAACGAAAGAACACAAGCGUGUUGGCAGUGGCCGGGUAAUCGAAACCUAAACUAACAUAAUUUUUUAUGUCCAUGUGUAAUAGAUAUGAGCAAAAACAAAAACAAACAAAAAAAAAUUAACAGCAAGCUAUUACUGUGACAAGCGCAACAGAGUAAAAAGCAGAAACUAAUAAAAAUAUAUUUCUAUAUUUGUACUGUGUAGCGUUCAGAACGCAACAACUGUUAAAAAGAAGCACAACCAUUCACAUGUGAAACUGUAAACUAAACCCAAACCCAAACCGAUCAGAAAAAUGGCCAAUUGUCCAUUUGGAGACAAACUGGAAUAUUGAUAAUAACACACCCCCCUCCCAUAAUACUGUUACUCAAGAGCAUGAGCAGAAGAGCAUAACUGGAAUCAUUACUGGAGGUAUAUGUAUGUUCACAAAGCUAAACAUUACACGAACAAAACGUUAGCUGCAAAGGAAGGAGAGAAAAGAAAUAUAUACGAUUUUUGUAGCUGGUAAGAUUUUAUGUUGGAAUUACAAAACUAACAUAUUGCAUCAAAAGUGAAACAAUGUUUAGACGAGAUUUUUUUUUGUUAUAUUUUAUAAAA